CACCCAGUUCCACGCCGCCGGUGACUCACUCACGUCACGUGCCCCCGCGGCGUUCGAAACCCAACGUCCGCCCUCGAGGGGGCGGGGCCAAGACACCUGCCCGACGGCAGCUCGGCCCCGCCCCCCGCAGGUAUCAGCGAAACUGGCGGCCGGAGGAGCGCGAGCCAUUGCAGCUGGCAGCGCCUCGCCGUGAGGAGUGUCCGCGCCGCAGCCCCAGUCCCGCCGAGCGCAGCCCGUCCCGUCCCGUCCCGAGAUGCGGGGGCGCCGCUGGCUGCAGCUCCUGUGCGCGGCGCUUGUGGCCGCUGCAGUGGGAAGUCAAACCAACCGUACAAAAGGAAGAAGUUUUGCUGGCCAAGAGGUUGAAAAUAAAAAUACCUCUAUAAAAUCAUAUACUGUGGAUGACUUUGCUACAAAAAUCCUUACUGGAAAACUGACUACAGUUUUCCUCCCUGCAGUCUACAUCACUGUGUUUCUUAUUGGUUUACCAAGCAAUGCCAUGGCUUUAUGGGUCUUUUUCUUCAGAACCAAGAAGAAACAUCCAGCUGUGAUUUAUAUGGCUAAUCUGGCACUAGCAGAUCUUCUGUUUGUCUUCUGGUUCCCUCUGAAGAUUGCAUACCAUAUAAACGGCAACAACUGGAUCUAUGGUGAAGGACUUUGCAAAAUACUCGUUGGAUUUUUUUAUGGAAAUAUGUACUGCUCUAUUCUUUUUAUGACAUGUCUCAGUGUCCAAAGGUACUGGGUCAUAGUGAACCCCAUACUACACUCAAGAAAGAAGUCUGAACUGGCACUAGGAGUUUCAAUUGCAAUAUGGAUACUGAUUUUGCUGAGCACCAUUCCAUUGUACCUUGUUGAUCAAACUGCAUAUAUUUCAAAUCUUAAUAUUACUACUUGUCACGAUGUGUUGCCCCAGGAUGUAUUGGCUCGUGACAUGUUUAAUUAUUUCCUUUCUCUAGCAAUUGGAGUCUUCUUAUUCCCAGCUGUUCUCACGGCUGUUGCCUACAUACUAAUGAUUAAGACUUUGAAUGCCUCCAUUACAGAUGUAGACAUUGGAAAGAAACGGAAAAGAGCAAUCAAGCUCAUUAUUGCAGUACUAUCCAUAUAUCUUAUCUGUUUUAUACCUAGUAAUAUUCUACUUGUCGUGCACUAUUCUCUGAUCAGGGACUAUGGCCAAAGUCACGUGUAUGCCUCAUAUAUAACAGCGUUGUGUCUUUCCACUCUGAACAGUGCCAUUGAUCCAUUCAUCUAUUAUUUUGUUUCAAAAGACUUCAGAGACCAUCUUAAAAAUGCUUUCCUUUGCCGAAGUGUGCGAACUGUGAAGAGGAUGCAAGUCUCUCUUUCAUCGAGUAGAUACCCUAAGAAAUCCAACUCUUAUUCUUCUAGUUCAAACACAACUAAGACAACUUACUAAAUCUUCACUUGUAGUGAAAAAAUGAACAUUUAUUAAUAAGCAGUGAGCCUAUUGUAAAAAUAAAAGAUUCACGUUAUACACAAGUGCAUAUGAAGCAAGCAUCUGAAUUAAACCACACUGAGACUUUAAUUUCAAAACUGGCAACUGUUUACCUCUGUGAAUUCCACAUGGGAAUAUUGAAUGGCAUGGAAAAAGCAGCACAAUCCCGAGUUUCAGAUACUGUUUUUAAAAAAAACCAGUAUUUAUUCUCUAAAUGGCAGAGAACUUCUGUAAUGCUUUUAAUACCUAUGGAAUGUUGGAUGGUGCCUUUAUUUUAAUCACUUCUGCAUUUAACGCUUGAUAAUGUAGAGAAGGAUGCUUUAUUUUUAUGACUUGGUAAUUGUACUUUUGUUUUAUAUACUAUUUUUGUAUACUAGAAACAAACAAUUUAAGUAUCUUAUUUCUUUAGGGCUCUGUCCCUUUGUACAUAACUCCAUUAAGAUCAAUUAAAGUAAUUUGGGUAAGUAAGAGCACCCUCUUAAACCAAGGAGGUCAGUUUUUAAUGCUUAGUAGAAUCUAUAUUGUCGAUUUAGAUUUUCCUGCUAUUGCAAAUACUGAAACUGGGGAAGCCUGAUAAAAAUUAUAACCUAGUCAGUUUGCUAUCUCACUGGUAUCAGUUAGUUUAUUUCAGUGCUAACUUGUUAUUUGAUAGGAAUAUAUGCUGAGGCAAACUGUUUUCUACGAUUUUGGCCAAUAUGUGAUCUUAAUGGGGCAUAAUAUGCUGUAUUUGUAGAAUUAUGUCAUGUAGCUGUUUCAUUUUUACAUACUACUUCAUUUGUAUUAAGAUAUAGAUAUAGAUAUAAAAUGUAAAUUAAGUCACUUUUUAUAACUUA